AUGGAAGAGGUAACUAUAGUAAAGGCCGAUCACACAGGUCAAAAUGGACCAGUCGCCGACAGUCAAACCUUGAGUGAUUCAGACGGAGAAGGUCAAUCUGAACACGAUUUGUUGCGACACUAUAACCGCGUGGAAAAACUAUCAGCGUCACUGAAGAAUGAGCUAUCCUCUCUUAAGCGUGUUUCUGUUGGUAGACGACAUGUCAUAAGUUCGAUGCGACAGGAGAACGCCAAACUGAAGCAACGUAACCAGGAUUUAGAAGAGCAGUUGCAAGAAUGUCAAGCCAAGAUCCUCAGAUUCUCUCCAUCGAGCGACUUGAGCGACACCACUGUCAUGCAAGAGUUCGUUAAGAUUCGGGAUAACCUCUCCAACUGGAUUGAAGGACUUCCGGAAAUUUGCACGGACUUUGAUACUCAGAUAGGAAGCGCGUUGAAAGAUUUCCAAUGCCAUCUUCAUAUGUCUAAAAGCAUACACACCUACCCGCAAGGGCUUCUUGGGAUUCAAUCUGAGCUAUUAAUGCAUACAGUCUUCCGCCGGCUCGAGGUAGAACUGCUCAAGGCCUCAGUUCCAGGGAUGCAGGCAUCGGAUGAGGCGCUCUUAAGUGAUCUUCAAGCGGGAAUGGUAUCACUACAGUCCAAGGGAGGUAAGCAACAUGAGAGACGGUAUGAGGCACGGCCUUCAGUGUCGCUGACACUGAAAGAUAUCGAAAAUUUAAACCUUUGGAAAACAAACACCAUUAGGGCUUAUGUUGCUUGCCAAAGGUACGAAAGAGGUGUCAAUGAGAAGUACAAUGGCAUAAUUGAUGAUUUGGACAACCUUUUCACGCGUUUUGACUUUGAACACCACGUCAAUUGGAACAAUAAAAUGGAAAGGUUGAGGGAUGAUAUUUUGGAGCCAGCUGCAAGUCUCGCGACAAAGAUGAGCAGUUCGCCCUCGCGAUACCGGUGGGACUGGUUUCACGAGGCACACUUUCCUCAACGAGUCGUACGCAAGUACCAUCUGGAACGGUUCAUCGUGCAAGACGCCCGCACCCAUAAUCGGAUUACUGUAGCAAAUCUUGAGACUAUGCCAGAUGAAACCCCGAUUGGUGAGCUCCUUGUCAUCAUUUUUCCGGCAUUAUUCCGCUGUACCGAUAACGGGAACGAGGACAAUCAAAUUGAGAAAGCCGUCAUCCUCAUCCGUGCAAACGAGGACUUGCAGAGACAGAAGAGAUCGGAAAACAGAUCACGCAUGUUUGGAAAAAGUGUUCUCCAGAUGUUCAAGGAUUCUGCUCUAGGACAGCCGAACUGAGGAAGUAUUGUGUUGGCAAGAGAGCAACAUCAUGCAUCACUCGCGAUGGAAGGAACAACCGAUAAUCUAUGGUCGGGUAGUCCAGAACUUGGAGUGGAUUCAUGAGACUUAGUUUCGAAUGUUACUACUUAGUACCAAAUAGAUCACCAUGUUUCUUAGACACUUCUGCAUAUUUCAUUCACCUCCGGCACAUCUGCACGGAAUGGUAUAUUAGAAUCAAUGAUUACGUCUAUAUACAUAAAAGUCCAGCCAACAUCAUGAAAAGCAGCCAGACAGGUUCCGUACCACGGAACCGGCAUCAUCACAUCCAUCGUCGAUUCCCAAAGGAGACAUACAUGACAACCAAGCUCAACCCAUAAAUCUGUAUCCCAAAUACAAGCCCUUGUUUUUAACCAACAAGAAAA